AUGCCUACGGAAUUAGAAGAGUUGGUUGGCUUCAUUGCCGACCCUAAACCUGAGAUUCGAGCUCUUGCGACGGAGCAUCUAGUCCCCUAUUCGACGUCUCAGCCCAGCAUCUUCAAGGCGGAUAAUUCCAAGCCUAUCAAAAAUCUGAAGCUCUUAGUGAAAGAUCAUCCGAAAAUUGCCGAGCAUGUUAUAACCAUUCUCAUCAACCUUGCGGCUGAUCGAGAAAUCCUGGAAAAUUUAGCUACGGACGACAAGUUUUUAGAUGAGGUUCUAAGACAGAUAAUUAUCGCAACCGAACCUAACGCAAAUCUCCUUUCCAUGCUUCUAGCAAAUCUUUCAAAAUGGGACUCCCUAAAGAGGGUAUUGAAUAAGAAGCAGCCAUCGCCGGCUGAGCUUGGAUCAAACGAGCUGGUUUUAAACCAGCUUGUCGACCUAUUCGUCAAAGGCGCGGACGGGUCAUAUAACAAGAACGCAGAUUUCGACCAUUUGGCUUACGUCUUUGCUGAUCUAACAAAACACGCCGAGGUCCGGCAAUAUUUCGUGCAGAAGCAAGAAUAUGAUGGGGUGAUACCUAUUACAAAACUGAAGGUCUUCACCGAGUAUAAGUCGAACGUCAGGCGGAAGGGAGUCGCUUCUACUCUAAAGAACGUCGCCUUUGAUGUACCUUCGCACCCAUCGUUUCUGUCGGAGGAUGAAAUCGAUAUCUUGCCAUAUGUGUUGCUACCGAUGAUGGGGAACGAGGAAUACGACGAAGAUGAGAUGAUGUCAAUGCUUCCCGAUCUUCAGCUUCUUCCUCCUGAUAAACAGCGAGAUGACGAUCCGAACAUCAUUCAGACGCACGUCGAGACACUAUUGCUUUUGUCGAGCACUAGGGAGGGUAGGGAACAGAUGCGUAAUGUCAAGGUAUAUCCAAUCAUUCGGGAAACACACCUGCGUGUUAACGAUGAAGGCGUUCGAGAUGCCUGCGAGCGGUUAGUUCAAGUUCUGAUGCGUGAUGAGGAAGAUCCAGAUAAGGUGGAUCGUGUCAAGGAAAUUGGAGAGGACGACCAAGACGGCAACGAAGAGGAUGAUGACCAAAUCGUCGAGGUGUAG